AUGAAUAUUUUUAGUCAAAUAUAAAGAAUACGAAAAAACUCUUGGAAAAUAUUACAAAAUAUAAAGAUUUAAGAAAGUAAAUUCAACAGUCUUUCAAAUUUGCAUAUAAAAAUAGCUUCACUUUACAUUUUAUUGAUGAGGAAAAAAAUAAAACUACAAUUUCAAACUAAUUGGAUUUCGAUAUUAUUAAGUGCAGAUAACAUUCUAAUUAUUGCUAAGGAUAAUGAUGAUCAAUUAAAAUAAAAAGAUGAUUUCAUUUAAAAACUUGAAUAAAAUGAUAGGGAGACAGCAAACAAUUUUCAAAAUUUAUGCAACUAUCCUGAUGCAAAUACCUAUUCUGAGAAUAGAAAAUUUGUGAAUAGAUAAUAAAUAGAGAAAAAAAAGUAAAUAUGUUAAACAACUAAUAAUGAAUAAGAAAAUUUUGAAAAGUCACAGGAAAGAAGAAUUAAUAAUUUGAAUUUUACUAUUUAUGAACUUCAAUAAGAGAUAUUUAAAAUCGAGAAAGAUGAUACAGAAAAUUAAUUAAAUGAGAAACUAAUACAUUUAUAAUAACAAAAGAUCAGUAUAUCUACUCUUACUUAAGAAAUACUUGGACUACCAAUUAUGGAAUAAAUUGAAUAUGCAGAAAAUAAUCUUAUUUAUCUUAAUAAAGCUGAAAGAAAAGAAUUGAAAAAAAAUCAAAAUAAUUUAGUUCAUUAAAUUUCGAAUCUACUUUCCAGUAGAAAAUCAAAAUAUUUUAGUUUGGUAAACUAAAAUGACGAGUUUGUUAAAAAUGAAGAAAGGCUUAAGAAAUAAAUAAUUAUGGUCUAGAAGAAAAAUUAAAUUUAGAUAGAGAAAUAUAAGAAAUUAAUAGUUUAAAAUCAAUAGUUGCUCAAAGAAUGUGAAAAUACAUAAUUUAGUUUAAAAAAGACUAAUAACACAAACAAGGAAUUAUUAGAAAAAUAGUUAGACUAAUAAAUGAAGUAAGAAUUAAAAGCAAAAAAAUAAAAGGGAAUCAAAUUGAAGGAAAAACUAAUCAAUUUAGAAAAUACAAACAAUCAAUUUGAAAAUGAAAAUCAGAGUAUUGACUUUGACAAUUCUUUUUUUGAAAUCGAUUGAAAUGUAUCAAUUCAUAAUUAAUAUAUAAGAUUAUAUAA